CUCCUCCCCCGGCCCCCACCGCGCCCGCGGCCGGCCCAGGCAGCACUCGCGAGCAGCGGCGGCCCGCCGGCGGCCGAGUUAGGAGAAUGCGGCGGCGCUCGCGGAUGCUGCUCUGCUUCGCCUUCCUGUGGGUGCUGGGCAUCGCCUACUACAUGUACUCGGGGGGCGGCUCCGCGCUGACCGGUGGCACGGGCGGCGGCGCCGGCAGGAAGGAGGACUGGAAUGAAAUUGACCCCAUUAAAAAGAAAGACCUUCAUCACAGCAAUGGAGAAGAGAAAGCACAAAGCAUGGAGACCCUCCCUCCAGGGAAAGUACGGUGGCCAGACUUUAACCAGGAAGCUUAUGUUGGAGGGACGAUGGUCCGCUCCGGGCAGGACCCUUACGCCCGCAACAAGUUCAACCAAGUGGAGAGUGAUAAGCUGCGAAUGGACAGAGCCAUCCCUGACACCCGGCAUGACCAGUGUCAGCGGAAGCAGUGGCGGGUAGAUCUGCCGGCCACCAGCGUGGUGAUCACAUUUCACAAUGAAGCCAGGUCGGCCCUGCUGAGGACUGUGGUCAGUGUGCUUAAGAAAAGCCCACCGCAUCUGAUAAAAGAAAUCAUCUUGGUGGAUGACUACAGCAAUGAUCCUGAGGACGGGGCUCUCUUGGGGAAAAUUGAGAAAGUGCGAGUUCUUAGAAAUGAUCGACGAGAAGGCCUGAUGCGCUCACGGGUUCGGGGGGCCGAUGCUGCCCAAGCCAAGGUCCUGACCUUCUUGGACAGUCACUGCGAGUGUAAUGAGCACUGGCUGGAGCCCCUCCUGGAGAGGGUGGCCGAGGACAGGACUCGGGUUGUGUCACCCAUCAUCGAUGUCAUUAAUAUGGACAACUUUCAGUAUGUGGGGGCAUCUGCUGACUUGAAGGGCGGUUUUGAUUGGAACUUGGUGUUCAAGUGGGAUUACAUGACGCCUGAGCAGAGAAGGUCCCGGCAGGGGAACCCAGUCGCCCCUAUAAAAACCCCCAUGAUUGCUGGUGGGCUGUUUGUGAUGGAUAAGUUCUAUUUUGAAGAAUUGGGGAAGUACGACAUGAUGAUGGAUGUGUGGGGAGGAGAGAACCUAGAGAUCUCGUUCCGCGUGUGGCAGUGUGGUGGCAGCCUGGAGAUCAUCCCGUGCAGCCGUGUGGGACAUGUGUUCCGGAAGCAGCACCCCUACACGUUCCCGGGUGGCAGCGGCACUGUCUUUGCCCGAAACACCCGCCGGGCAGCAGAGGUCUGGAUGGAUGAAUACAAAAAUUUCUAUUAUGCAGCAGUGCCUUCCGCUAGAAACGUUCCUUAUGGAAAUAUUCAGAGCAGAUUGGAGCUUAGGAAGAAACUUAGCUGCAAGCCUUUCAAAUGGUACCUUGAAAAUGUCUAUCCAGAGUUAAGGGUUCCAGACCAUCAGGAUAUAGCUUUUGGGGCCUUGCAGCAGGGAACUAACUGCCUCGAUACUCUGGGACACUUUGCUGAUGGUGUGGUUGGAGUUUAUGAAUGUCACAAUGCUGGGGGAAACCAGGAAUGGGCCCUGACGAAGGAGAAGUCGGUGAAGCACAUGGAUUUGUGCCUUACUGUGGUGGACCGGGCACCGGGCUCUCUGAUAAAGCUGCAGGGCUGCCGAGAAAAUGACAGCAGACAGAAAUGGGAACAGAUCGAGGGCAACUCCAAGCUGAGGCAUGUGGGCAGCAACCUGUGCCUGGACAGUCGCACAGCCAAGAGCGGGGGCCUGAGCGUGGAGGUGUGCGGCCCAGCCCUCUCGCAGCAGUGGAAGUUCUCGCUCAACCUGCAGCAGUAGGAGGGCCCGGGAGGCCCUGCCGUCCUGUCUCCUGCACCAUCGGGUGGAGUCUGGUGAUCACAUUAUUGAUUAUGUUUCUUAAACUUUCCGCGAAACUAAUAUACCUCAGUAUUCCAUCAUGGUCUGAAAGUCGAACUUCGGCAAGGCACGGACGACUGUGCAGACGCAACAGCGGCAAGAAGCGAGAACUGCCCUCCCCCUCCUCUCGGUGCAGCCCAGCUGGGCCCCCUUCCCCAGGCCGGAGUGCCCCUCUUCCUUCCAGCUUUCACUUCCGCUGGCUUUGCAACUGAGUGACAUCCAGCAAUGGCCGACCGGGGAGUGGUAGAAGAAGCAACUGAAGGAACGCAUGCGAGCUGAGGGCAGGGCGGGAGGAGGGGGCACACAUGCCCAGGGGAGCGAGGAGAACUCUUGAAAUCUCCAUUUUCGAUCCCAUCGAAAUCACAUACGGUUUCCACAAAGCCGAGUCGUGUCACGUGGCAGGUUUACGUCGAUAGCCCCUCUCUCUGCUCCGUUCCCAAGUGUCUUCCUGGUCCAGACUCCCCUCCACCUGAUAUACUUGCUAUAUCUGAGGAUGAAGUUGUCUAAGGUGGGACGCUAAAUAUAAAGCUAUAUAGAGAAAGAAUGUACGGUCAGUUCCCUAUGGUUUCUGUAGGAAGAAUGUGCGGUCAGUUCCCUAUGGUUUCUGUAGAAAGAAUGUACGGUCAGUUCCCUAUGGUUUGUGUAGGUCAUCAUCAUCUUGUAAAUUCCCCACAAAGCCGUUCGCAGCUUCCGGGAGAAGGGGCCAGAGCCCAGUGGGGCCAGGUUCUCACGGAGGGAGGAGGUGGCCUUUGUCCCCUGGAGCCCGAUCAGCCAGUUGGUGCUACUGCUGUGGCCAGCUGGGGGGGCUUCCUCCAGACCACCGGCCUCAGCCCGGGCAUCUGUGUUGGGCGUCAGUCAGCCUGAGAGUCACUACUGUGUGUCAGAAUCCACUCUGUGUGCUAUGCGUAUCUGUGAACCUGGAGGGGUUACUUAUUUUGACAGAUAUCACUUUGGGUCUUUUUACAUUAAAUUUCUUUUCUUUAAGGAAUAUAAACAACACCCCAUAGCUCCCAAUGUGAGCCAGCGAUACCGCUGCCCCCUGGCGACAGGGCAGACCAAUGAUGCCAGGCAGCUGUCACACGCUAGCAUUGGCCUCAUUGUGAUCUCAGCCCUGCAUGCUGGGCCUUCAGAAUUAAUGGCCAGCAGUGUCAGGGAUGAGCCUCUCAGCCUGGGCACAGGCCUGGCUCACAGCCCUGCACACCUGCUGGCCUGGGGAUCUCCAGCCAGGCAACGAGUCCUGCCCCGCCCGCAGCCCCCUCCCACACCCCACCUGGCCAACGUGACUGCUUCAGGGGGCUUUGGGGAAAGAAUUAGGAAGGGUCAGAACCAAACAAUACCUGCUCAUUUACACUGAGGAUUCAGGACAGGAGACAAGAGCCUUGGGGUCCUGUUAAACCACAGACAGUUAUGAACCAAAAGUCAUAAUGGGGAGAGGUGCCUGGCGUCUGCCUGGGUGCUCAGCAAUGUUCCUCGUCACCCCGCCACUCUGUGGUUGGUGCCCUGCUUCCUCCUCCAUUCCCAGCCGCCUUCUCCAGCACCGCACACACAGAUGCUCAGUCUCAAAGAGAGGCUGGCACGGCCUGGCAGUCCGAGAAAAGCAUCAGAUAGGCACACCUGCAGGCCCCUCGGAGGGACAGCGGCGGCCUUGGAGUUAGGAGCCGCCCUGGGAGGUUGUGCCAGUGCCAUGCUCCUCCCUGUGUCUUGUAUGAAAGAGGCCACUGUGUGUCCUCCUCCCCGGCAGGAGCCCCAUGGGUGUGCACUGUCGGACAGCGGCCCAAGGUGGAAGCCUGGCUGGAGGCCUGCCCUAUAGGUCUUCUCUUCCCGCCUCCCCUGCCAUGCAACCAGAUGUGUCCUGAGUGGGCAGUGUGGCCCCACACCGGAGUAACUCCGCACGCUUCUGUCUUUCACAGUGGGCUCUUUGGGGGAGCCUGAGGAAAACCCCCUUAGGUACCCGUGCAAGGCUGUGGAAUGCAGGCCAGAGCAGGGCAUGCUUAGCCCCCAGCACCCAGGUUCUUUUGUCAGACCCUGUCACCCGCAAGCUACUACUGCUGUUAGGAGGGGAAAAAAAUGGAUGAAUCUGGCUUGUUUUAAAAUCAAGUUUUUUGAUUAAUCCCUUGCCCCCACACCUUCACCCUGCCCGCACCCCCAGGUCCUUUCAGCCUUCGUGUCAUCAGAUAUGUCUACCCAGGCCCUUGUGCGGCCAUGCCCUGGGGGCAGCGUCCUCUCCCUGAGCUGGGGGAUGGCUUUGGAUGGUCCGGGUGUCAAGAGCAGAGGUGGGCUGGGGAGGGGUCCUUUGCGGUGAGCUAUGUUUACAUGACACAGUGUGCCAAAGUGACUUACUGUGGUUGCGUUAUUUUUUAGUCAUCGGGACUAUCCCACCCUCCAAAUCCUGUUUUUAAAACUCAGAAUUCUUUCCUAAGAGCCCUUCGAGCAAAGCGUGCCGAAGUGAGUUGUCUUCUCUGUGGUGGUCCUUUCUUAUGUCUUCAUAAAAGCUCAGAUGAUGGUAUCUGUGAGUAUGUUUUGCAAAUUCAAAAUAUAGUUUGGUAAUUUUUUUUUCCAGUUGAUUUUUAAAAAGAACUGCUGUACAGAGCUUGUACUUUGUCCAUUUUAUAGAUGGAAACCAUCCUUGAAAAUUGUUUAACUUAAAUAAAGAGAAGAUACUUUCUAGA